AGCACUUCUCCGUUGUGUGCAGCGUUGGCCCUCGGCCACGACGGACCACAUCACUCAGAUGGCUGAGUCAACGGGUGCUGUUUUUUUUCGCAGAGGAAUAGUGGCCGAGAAGUUGCCUCGGUAGACCACACCGAGUCGCUCCGGCACAAGGAGAAGAGGCAGAGAAUAGGGGAAAAGGCUUUAAAUAUAUAAAUGCGUAGACACAAACACAUUAUUAUACCCCUACAAGUGUAUCUGUGAUGCGCGACUUCGUCGUCAACCCACUAAUAUUAAAAAAAGGAGAAAAAAAGAAGCAACAGUGUUGGACACCCCACGGAAGGACUCUCUCUGCGAAGUUCUCUUCUUUGAGGGCAGCAACAUUUUAACCGGCUCCGUGGUGAGCGCAUGACAGGACGGUGUUUUUGUAUUUGUUUUGAUUUUUUUUUGACAAAAACGAACGUGAUGUGUGCAUGUUUGGGUUUCAGCGAGGAGCGCUCUCGACUGGCCACUCCAUCAAUUAUUAUGUUGACGAACCGUUUUUCUUUCCGCACUCGCGAGAGAGGGGAACGUACUGCGCCUCACCUUCCAUCUUGUCGUGUCGAUGCGGCCGCUAACGGCACAUGCCUUCCUCGUGUUCACCUCUCUCUCUCUUAACUCUUCCCUACUCUCUCCCUUUACCGGUGCACUCGGGCCAACGACCAUUUUCCCCCUCUCGUCACGCACUGCCUCUGCGACAACGCCACGCCACUAUCACUUGCAGUUUCUUCUCCUUCCGCGACCAAGGCAAGCCUCCUCAGCUUACUUUACGCUAUCCACUUUACUCGUGAUCAUUCACUAACCUACCGAAAACCCCGCCGCCCCGCCGCUCGACACGAUGCCCGCCUGCCUGCCCUACUACACCGGCGUGAUGGCCUUCACGCUGAUCCACUUCGUCGCGUGGGCCUUCGCCUUCGUCGCCACGCCCACCGCGCAGUUCCAGGACCCCCACUCCCCGUCCGGCCACGGCUGCUACACCAUGUGGGGCUACCGCAAGUUCUGCGGCGACGUGCCGUACGACCUGACGGGCAACGACGCCUUCGGCUGCAACCGCCGCACCAGCACCAUGCACGCCGCCGCCGCCUUCGCCGUCAUGGCGUCCGUCCUCGGCUUCAUCGGCCUCGUCUUCGGCAUCCUGCUCAACACGCAGAUCAACCUGCCCCCCGUCAUCGCCUUCUCGCUGGCCGCCGCCUGCAUCCCGUGCACGCUCAUCUCCUUCGCCUGCGUCGCCAGCGUGUACACCAUGAGCAUGUGCGACGGCACCAGCUACAAGGGCAAGUACCCCUACACCGCCGGCUUCGCGCUGAUGGUUGCGUCGUGGGGCCUGGAGAUCAUCGCGGUGGUGCUGCUCGGCAUCACGUCGUGGACGCGUCCGCCGAAGGAGGAGAAGAUUACGACACCGCCAAGCACUGAGCGAAGCGCGAGCCGCAGUGCGCGUGUGUGCGCCAGCGUGCGGAAAACUCGCACAUCCCUUUGCCGUGACUCGAACGAAAAUGGUGCACGGAGUUAG